AUGUGCUCUCCGGAUCUGCAACGUCUUCGGACUCUGGUGGACAGGUACAGCUUUCCAAUUGCGUGUGAUGAGACCAUCAGGUCGUUCAUCAAUGUCGAUGUUCUGCCAUAUGUUGAUAUUGUCAUGACCAGCUUGACCAAAUCUUUCAGUGGCGGUUCCGAUAUUAUGGCCGGAUCCCACCGUGAGUUCUAUAAUAAUCUCGACGUGCCCAAAGGGCCUAGCCUUGGUGCUAUCUUUACUUUGGCCAUUCCCUAUGCCAUUCUAGCGCACUCUAAUGAGCUGGAUUGGGCUGCGAGCUACGAUGUGCCAGAGCAUACUGUGAGGAUCAGUGUCGGAUUAGAGAUACAAACAAACUGCUGA